GAAAUGACAGGAGGAGGAGUGUAGUGUAUUUCUUCUGUGGGUGUGCUUCCUGCUCUAGUAUUGAUAGUGAAUGCCGUUAGAGUCUAACGGUUAGACUAAGGCUAACUGUAUUUAGAUUCAAUCGCGCAAGGAGCGGCGCGUGCAUUGUCCGGCGCAGCCUACACAAAAGCCGACAAUCUGUGCGUAAGCCCACCCGCACCCCCACACCCCACCGUAUUGAGUAAGAGUGAGUUUUUUUUUCCUGACGCCACCAGCCACCACUGGCGAGUGACUCCAUGGACGACUCCAAUCCCAUGCCCAGCACCUCGGUCGGUGCCGCACGUGGCCGAGGACGCGGACGGCCGCCAAAGCGGGAGAGCGCACAGCACCCCGAUGCAGACCUGCAGACCUCUCAAGAUGCAUCGUCCGGUGGUUCGGUGGGGCGCACCUGUUCGCCCAACACCAUCCGUCGCAGCUCCCGCAAGAGAUUCUGCAAAUUCGACGUGCGCGACGUCCUCAGCCUGCGCAAGGAGCACAAGAUCCAGAUCGAGGGACGCAUCGACUCCAAUGUGCCCGACACGGCACCAGCUGCGCCUUCCACAGCUGCCAUCGCCGCUGCCACUGCCACUGCCAGCAUUCCGUCAGCCAAUCGCCUGUUUGCGAUGUUCCCGAGCACCCGCCCACCGCCCAAACUGCCGCCGCCACCCGCUGCCCUGGGGAUCUUUGUGAAGCCGCGGAGCACACCGAGCCUGAUCGUGGCCCAGCUGAACAGCGAAUCCUCCAGCUGCAAUCCGUCGACUGCGACAGCCGCAACUGCCACUGCGACAGCGACAGCAGUGUCCGCAGCAUCUGUCGUCCGCAGGGGGCGAGGGAGGCCCAGGACCAAGAAUAAGCUGGACAAGUCAAGCAGCCAGAGCAGCAGCCUCAGCUUGAGCUUCUCCGAUUCGGACACCAAUUCGACAGGCGCCUCCACGACGGGCAGCAUCGGCAGCAGGGGCAGCACGGACAGCAACGAGACGGCGCCCAGACGAAAGUGCCGGGUGACCCUCAAGCGACUGAACUUUGUGCACCGUCAGGGAUCGUGGGACUCGGGCGACUCGACCGUCCUGGGCGACGCCGUGGUGGAUGUUAGCAGCUCCUCGUCCUCCGCCGCCUCGACGCCCGUCCUGCAGGAUGACAAUGCUCUCGAUGAGCAGCCAAAGAGGGAGCCGCUGCCGCCGCGGCUGCAGCUGCCCGUGUCCGUGUCCGUGCCCACAGCCGACGACGAUGAUGACGACUCGUCGGACUCUCAGAUAAUCUUUACGGAAAUCGACACGGGCAGGGAAGUGACGGGCCGAAGGAAGGGGGAAAAAGAGGAGGAUGAGGAGGAGGAGGUGGAAGAGGAGCCUCUACAGCUGAAGCUGGAUUUAAAGAAAGAGCCAGAGAUUGAGGAGGAUUUGCAAAUUGAGCAACAGAAGCUGGAGGAGCACGAGCACGAGCAGGAGCCAGAAGUGUGUAAUUUAUUGGUGGAGAUCUCUGGCGGUUCGCCCACCUUCUGGUUCGAUGACGGCGAGGAGGAGGAGGAGGAGGAGACCAGCCCGACCUCACUGACGGCGACGCGGCGCAGCAGACGAACCGCCAAAGCGGAGGGAGCCAGCAGCAGCAACAGCAGCAGCCAUGUGGGCAAAACCCUCGAGGAGACCUUCGCCGAGAUAGCCGCCGCAAGCAGCAAGCAGAUCCUCCUGAAAGCAGAGACUGACUCCCCCUCCGAAGCGGACGAAGAGGAGGAGGAGCACACGCUGAUUGACCUGAUCGAUGAUAGCCAGGACGAGGGCAUCCAGGGGGAGUACGAGGUGGUUCUCGACGAGCAGAAGGACGAAGUGCAAAUGCAAAUCAUUGAGCUGGACGCUCCAGCAGAGUAUACCCUCAUGCAGGUGCAGGAGCAAGCGCAGGAGCCGCUUGAGGAGUCGCAGGUGAAGAGCCCCAGCAGCAGCAGCAGCACCAGCACCAGAGUCCUGCCAGAGGAGGAAUCACAGCCGCAGACGAUCAUCAUUUUUGAAGUUGAUGCUGAAGAGGAGGAGAAGGCCACCACAGAGCAGCCCCCCGUGGAUGUGGAUGUGGAUGUGCACCCAGAACCAGAACAUGAACCAGAUGUGGUCGAGGAUGUUGUGAUUAUCCAGAUCGCCAUGGAUGCCAUGCCAGAACCACAACCAGAGCCAGAACCACAGCCAGAGCCACAGCCAGAGCCACAGCCAGAGCCAGAGAUCUCACUAGAAAUUGAAUCAUCAAAGACGGCACUGAAGACUCCUCCACAGCCACAGCCACAGCCUCUGCAGGAGAAAGAUAAGGAGGAGAAGGAAGUGGUGACUCCUGCAGAUGAGCCAAUUCCAAUGCCAAUGGAAAUGGAAAUCAAAAUCCCAACGGAGUCCCUGCCAGAGCCAACCAAGGCAGCCAAGGGCCCUGGCCCAUCCAAAGCGGAUCCUUUUGCAGAGGAGAAGCCAAAGGAAAACGAAAACGAAAUUCCCAUCAAAGCUGAGCAGAGCGCAGAAAUACCCAGCUGCAGCAGCAGCAGCAGCAGCAGCAGUCACUCCCAAGCCAGUCUCCAGCCCACUGCCACUGCCACUUCCACUGCCAAAGCCAAGCCAGUCAAGGGCAGGGGGGCAUCACCUUCCAGCAUCGUUGAAUGCGAUGCCAUGUUCCAGGCCCUGGAGAGUGCCAAUGCCCAGAAGCUGCGCGAGGAGACGCACAAGAAGAAGCUCAAGCUGGAGGCCAAGAAGGCAGCCACAUCGCCCGUGCCAUCAGCGAGCAGCGUUGGGGGCCAGACAAAGACGACCAAGACGACGCUCGGGGGAAGGUGCAACUCGCGCAGAAACACCUCCUACUACUCCACGAACGAAAUGCAUCCCGUGGCCAGACCCCAGGCCAAAAAUGAGAAGCUGUCUGCCACGAAAAAGACUGACCCACGAGGCGCCACCACAGCCGAUGGAGCUGUGGAACAGCUGGAGGCGGAGGCGGAGACGGAGGCUGCUGCAAAUGGACAUAACAGGAAGAAAAAAACGGAAGAUCUGGAGGAAGAGUCCUCCUCGUGCUCCUCGCAGCAGGAGCCUGCAUCGAGUGCUGCAUCCAAAAAGGGGAAUGGAAGUGCCACAACGAAGCCAAAGCGACGCAAAUCCCAAUGCUCUCCAGCCUCCGCCUUCGCUUCGUACGAUUCCCGGAAAGAUGAGGCCAAAAGACAGUCCCCGGUGGCACCAAAGAAACAAAAUGCCAUGCCAUCGCGACGCUUUACUACCAUCGAUCGUCCCUCGUCCAGUGCAACACCACGCGGCGCCUCCUUCGGCGACUUUUGUAAAUAUGAGACUAGGAAGGCAUCACCAGGAGGACGGACGCAGUCGCCAGCGGGCAAUGCAUCCGCAAAGCGACGCCCCACCAUGUCCCCCACCGGCUCCUCGAUGGAAUCGCUGGCCCAAAAGGACGCCAAGAAAGAUGAGGGAAAAAGGACAGCAUCAUCAUCACCAGGAGGAGGGAGGCAGUCGCCAGCGCAUCUCAUCAAAAAUAUACGCAAAUCGCGCGCCUCCGGGGAGUCGCUUGUCCAGGCCGAUGACUCACCCAGGAGAGCAUCACCCAGGAACCCAGCCACAAAGCGACGCCCCACCACUUCCGGUCGCUGCUCGCCCGUCUUCUCCCCUGGCGGGGAAUCGUUGGCCAGGAAGGAUGAAACGGCAUCCCCCAGGCCACAGUCUCCGGCGGCAGCUGCGGCUGCGGCUCCGGCGGCACCCAAAGAGGAGGCGAAGGCCAUUAAAACGCAACGCCUCACAGCCAUCGAUCGUCCGGCGUCGAAUGCUAAAGGGCCGCGCCCCUCCUUCGAGGCAUUGCUUGGCCAGGCCGACUCCUAUGCGAAGUCGCAGAAGAAGCCACCACGCCCCACCGCCUCCGGGCGCUGCUCGCCCACCUCUGCCUGCUCCUCCGGCGACCCUGCAGUGGCCCGAGCCCCCGAAGCCAGAAAAGUUGAUGGCGGGGAUGGCGCAGCAUCGCCACAGAGGCCAGCGAAUGCCAUACGAUCGCGACGCUUCACAACCAUCGAUCGCACGUCGUUGAGUGUCUCGCCCGAGGGCUCCAGGCGGACGCAGUCGAAGCCAUCCUCCCCAGCCAGAGAGACGUCCCCAGACUCUGCGGCCAGUACUGGCUCACAGCGAAAGAGUCGCUCGAUGCAGCCAUCCCCGGCGACUGGUGGCUCCAAGCUGCAGGGGAAGAAGAUCGACAACCGUCGCCUCACCCUGGGGGCGCACAGUGCAGCGGCGGACAUCACCCCGGAACUGAUUGAGGCGUGCUUCAAGGAUCUCGCUGCAAGGGCAGAGGAUGCUGGUCCGCUGGCAGCCGGUACAGCAAGAAAACAGUCGCAGUCGCAGUCGCAGUCGCCAGCACCCAAGCAGGGAGCAGAACCACAGAAGACCCUCAGCCACAGCCACAGCCACGCACCGCGAGAGACUUUAUCCGCGAGGAAGGGUAGCAGCGGCAGCAUCAGUAGCAGCUCGUCCUCGUCGAAGGAGCCAUCCUCCAGGACGUCGUCUCCGGCGGCAAAUGAGCCCAAGAUAAAGAAGAUCCAUGCCAGGCGCAGGACCGUAGCGGAGCCAAGAACCGGAACCCCGGAUCCAACUGCUAGCGCAAAGAAGGGCUCCAGGACGGCAUCGCCGGAGCCUCUGCUGGCGAAUGAUGCCCCACAUGCCGUGAGUCCCGUGAAUCCCGUGAAUGCCGUGAGGAAAAAUGCCGAUCCCCGUGGCAGAAACGCCUCCCCCGCAGAAAAGCUAGAAAAGGGAGCAGAAAAGGCAGAAAAGGGGGAAACUUUACCCAGCCGAAGGGGUCCGCUGCCCUUGAAGCAUGGACCGAAAUCCCCGUUGCCGCUGGAUCAUCGUCGCCGGAUCACCAUAUGCGCUGAGCCCGUGCUGGCUGCUGCUGCUUCUGCCGGUUCCCCCUUGAGGAGUGCCGAUCCGAGAGUCAGAAAUGCCUCUCCCGCGGAUCCCACACCCUGUGCCAGCCCCAGCCCCAGCCCCAGCCCCAUGCCUGGUCACAUAACCCGGACGGAUAGGACGCUGCCCAAGAAAGCAGCGAACUCGGCUCCUGGCCCGAAGCAGACGGCUGCCGCGACACCAAAGAAACCCAAGGGCCCGAAGGUGACAGCCAAGCGGACAGGCGAGUCGCCAGAUCCCAGCAGCAACAGCGGCAACAGCAGGAAGCAGCGUAGGCCAACGACAACCGUCAAGACCAGCGAUGAUGCUUUGGUUAUGCCCCCGAAGACGGAGCCUAAAACGGAGGACAUGGACACGGAGUCCAUGGAGUCAACGAGUGGCAAAGGCAAACGCUGGGAUGUGCAGCCCACAGCCCCGACUGCAGCUUCAGCCUCAGCGUCAGCUUCAGCUUCAGCUACGAUUGCAACCGCAACUGAAGCGCCAGCUGCUGCGGCUGUGGCUGCUACUGUUAAGGUGGAGCCGCCCGAUACGCUCAAGGACAUCGUCAAGUUCAUCGAGGAUGGGGUGAAUCUGCUGAAGCGGAACUACAAACACGAGGACGAAGACGAGGACGAGGCUCAGCCGGCGGCGCCAGAGGCGCCACAGAUGCAGCUGGUGAAAGUGAAGCUGGAGGAGGCAUUGGCCAGCGCCAGCUGCAUGGAGACGCCGUCGGUGACACGCUCCCCCACGCCCAGCGGCAGUGCCAGUGCCAGCUGCAGUUCCAGGGCCAAUACGACCACCUCAGAGGACUCCUCCCCGACGCUGCCCCUGCUGCUGCUGCAGCAGCAUGGCUCCAAUGAUGAUGGCAGCGCUGGCGGCGUGCGACGCUCGCAUCGGAUCAAACAGAAGCCGCAGGGGCCGAAGGCCAGCCAGGGCAGGGGCGUGGCCAGCAGUGCGCCGCCCUUCAGCAUGGACGACCAGAUGGCGGAGCUGGCCAGCACGGAGGCCUUCAACGAGCAGUUCCUGCGCAGCGAGGGGCUGCUCACGUUCCAGCAGCUGCGCGAGAACUACUACCGAUGUGCGCGGCAGGUGAGCCAGGAGAACGCGGAGAUGCAGUGCGACUGCUUCCUCACGGGCGACGAGGAGGCCCAGGGGCACCUGUGCUGCGGCGCGGGCUGCAUCAACCGCAUGCUGAUGAUCGAGUGCGGCCCGCUGUGCACCAACGGGGAGCGGUGCACGAACAAGCGCUUCCAGCUGCACCAGUGCUGGCCCUGUCGCGUCUUCCGCACCGAGAAGAAGGGCUGCGGCAUCACCGCAGAGCUGCUGAUACCCGCCGGCGAGUUCAUCAUGGAGUACGUGGGCGAGGUGAUCGACAGCGAGGAGUUCGAGCGGCGGCAGCAUCGCUACUCGAAGGACCGCAACCGGCACUACUACUUCAUGGCGCUGCGGGGCGAGGCGAUCAUCGACGCCACCAUGCGGGGCAACAUCUCGCGGUACAUCAACCACAGCUGCGACCCGAACGCCGAGACCCAGAAGUGGACCGUCAACGGGGAGCUGCGCAUCGGCUUCUUCAGCGUGAAGAACAUCCUGCCGGGCGAGGAGAUCACCUUCGACUAUCAGUACCAGCGGUACGGGCGCGACGCCCAGCGCUGCUACUGCGAGGCGGCCAACUGCCGCGGCUGGAUCGGCACCGAGCCGGAGUCGGACGAGGGCGAGCAGAAGAACGAGAACUCCGAGCGAGACCAGGCCCAGACGGACGACACGGACAGCGGCGGGGCGGAGUCCGAUGCGGAGGAGGCGGAGGCGGAGCCGGAGCAGAGCAAGAGCAGCGGCAAGGGCAGAGCAGGUGCGGGUGCCACGAAGAACAGCUCGUCCAGGUUCAAGGUGAAACUGCCAGCGGUGUCCAAGGAGCAGCGCAAGAAGCGGGAGACGGCGGCCAAGGCCAAGGAGCGGGAGCGCGAAUUCAAGGCCGGCCGCUGGCUGAAGCCCACUGCGGGAGCUGGAGCUGGCGCGGGCGCGGGCGCAGGAGCAGGAGCAGAUAAGAAGGAUCCGCGCAGUGCAAAGCCAAAGGUCAACAAAUUCCAUGCCACACUCGAGGAUCCGGAUGUGCUGGAGCAGCUGUCGCUGCUGAGCCGCAGCGGAUUGAAGAACCAGCUGGACACGCUGCGCGUCUCGCGCAUCAUGGUGCGGGCGAAGCUGCUGCCGACCCGCAUCCAGCUGCUGCAGGUGCUCACCCGCGGGGAGCUGCCCUGCCGGCGGCUCUUCCUGGACUACCACGGACUGCGGCUGCUGCACGCGUGGAUCAGCGAGAACGGGAACGAGCAGCAGCUGCGGACGGCCCUGCUGGACGCCCUCGAGGCGCUGCCCAUACCAAACAGGACGAUGCUGAACGAGAGCCGCGUCUACCAGAGUGUGCAGCAGUGGAGCGCGGGUCUGGCUGGGCAGCAGCCGCAGCUGCGCAGUCCCGAGCAGUCGGCACUGCGCAAGCGGAUGCAGGGCCUGAUCAGCAAGUGGAGCAGCCUGCCGGAGAUCUUCCGCAUCCCCAAGCGGGAGCGCAUCGAGCAGAUGAAGGAGCACGAGCGCGAGGCGGACCGCACCGGCGAGCGGCCCACCGAGAAGCAUGUGGCCAGCCACCAUGUGACCGCCGCCUCCGCCCUGGAGGACUCGACGCGCGACAGCAGCACCGACCGCUACCGGCAGGAUCGCUUCCGGCGCGACACAAUCAGCAGCCGCAACAGCGGCGGCGGCGGCCAGAAGCCGCCCAUGAGCCGCAUGAGCGGCAACAACACCAUCUGCACCAUCACCACCCAGCCGAAGGGCAGCAAUCCCGCGGAGGGACAGCCCCGCACGGAGAUGCGGCGGCGCCCGGACAACAACAACAGCGGCGCCACAGUGGAGGCGCGUCGUGGCGGCGGCGGUGCGCUGCUGUCCAAGGAGCUCAGGCGAUCCCUGUUCGAGCGGAAGGUGGCCCAGGACGAGGCCGAGAAGCGUGUGUGCAGCGAGGACUGGCGCGAGCACGAGCUGCGCUGCGAAUACUUUGGAGCGGACAUCAAUACGGACCCGAAGAUGCUGCCCUUCUCCUACAACACGGAGACCGGCGAGUGGUUCAACUCGGAGGAUGUGCCCGUGAUGGCACCGCUGCGCACAGACCUGGCGCUGGCCCCCUCGCCGGAGAUGAGCGAACAGGACAUGAUGCCCGCGGAGUACAAGCUGCCGGCUAGCGUCGAUCCGCUGCCCCCCUCCUGGCACUGGAGUCGCACACACGAGGGGGACAUCUUCUACUUCAAUCUGCGCGAUCGCAUACCCCAGUGGCUGCCGCCCAGCCCCGAGCAGCGGCUGCAAACGCUGCUGGAUGAGGACCAGAAGCAUCAGCCGCCGCUGCAGGAGCUGGACCCGGCGCUGCUCGCCGUGGAGCUCAUCUCGGUGGACCCCGACUAUGUGGGCUCGCUGUCGAGCAAGUCGCUGGCGCAGCACAUCGAGACGAAGGUGCGGGAGCGGCGCGAGAUACGCCACAAGAAGCUGUGCUCGGUGCGCGUGAUCAGCCCGCGGCGGGACGAGGAUCGGCUCUACAACCAGCUGGAGUCGCGCAAAUACAAGGAAAACAAGGAGAAGAUACGCCGCCGCAAAGAGAUCUACAGGCGGCAGCGGGCCAGCGCGGAUACCUCCGCCGCAGCCACCUCCGAUGCCAGCACAGAUGCGGAGGCCUGGUCCACGCCUCGCUAUCUGUACUCGUCGGACGAGGACGCGGAGACGGUGCAUGCCCCGCCCUUGGAAGGCAUCAUCUAUGGCUUUAAUGGUUCAGCCGGGGCGCUGUUUUCCACCACAAAGGUGGACGAACUGGAGGCGGAGCUCGACAUGGAGCCCAGCACCAGCGCCUAUGCCCUGGCCUGCCUGAACAAGCCCCAGCAGAUACCCACGCUGGUCACAGGCGGCAGCGGGGGCGGCAUAAACAAAAAGCUGCCACCACUGCCACCGCACACGCCAGAGAAGCCGCCGUCUGGAGCCGUGCCAGAGAGAAAGAGUCGCGGCCAUGAGCGCAGCAAACCCAAGCGGAAAAUGUUCCUGAAUAGCACAAAAAGUGGAAGAGAAUCGAUUGAGAAAUUCCGCUUCGAGAUAAGCGGACAUGUGGCGGACUUUUUGCGGCCAUUCCGCAAGGAUAGCUGCCAGAUGGGUCGCAUCACCAGCGACGCGGACUACAAGUUCCUCAUUAAGCGGCUGACGGAGCAUGUCAUUACGAAGGAGAUGCGCUACUGCGAGAUGAGCGGACAUCCAUUGAUCUGCAACGAUUCGGUGAAGCACAAGUCGCACGAUUUCAUCAAUCAGUACAUGCUGAAGAAGGGCCGCGUGUACACCAUGCCUCUGGAUGAGUCCUUCCUCUAAAAAAACACAAGCCCCAACACACACACACCAAAAACAAAUGCCGCCGCACUUCCUGUUCGAUUCCGGUUCGAUUCAUUUAGCUUGUAAGAACGUAGAACGGACUUUUGUUGCCGUAUAGCAAAUUGUGUUCGCCUAGCCAGUACCAAAAGGGUAAAGGGUAAAGGGCUCGUUCCAACGUACUCGAACACAUUUAUAAUGAUCAUAAUAAUAGAUAAAUAUAAAAAGAACAGAACAAGACGAAGUAUUGAUUUCUAAUCAACAAAACGAAAAUAGUCUAGAAGUACGUAAGAAAAUAGAAAUAAGGAGAAAAAAAAACACCAGAGAUAAACGAAACGUUCAAUCUGUAAGAGAAAUGUGUCCUAUAUGUGCUAUAUAGGAUAUGCAUAUCCUAUAACCCACAGCAUACAAGUUUAAGUUCGGUUAAGUAAGUAAAAUGUAUCCCAUAUCCCAUAUCCCACUUCCCAUCUUUAUCCAAAUGAAUGUUUAAGUGCACUAAAGUAAAGCAAGAGCAAUAAAAGGUCGAAUCUGUGAAAUUUUAAAAUCUUAGCAAAAUGUAUAUCCCAUAUCCGAUCCCAUGUAUAUCCAAAAGUAAGAAAGCUCAAGUUCAGUAAAGUCUCAGUAAGAAUAGCCUUG